GAGGCCGGCGCAGGCGCGCUGCGGAGAGAGUGCUGGCGGCUGCGGGACGCCUUUCACCCACACAGCUGCUUGGAGGAUGCCCAGGAAAAGUGCAAGAACAGAAGAACAUUCAACAAAGCCAGCCAAACCUGACGAGGUACUGCGACCCAGAAAGCGAAAGACAUCCGCUGCAAUUUGUGUGCAAGAUUUGGAUAAAAUUAAUGAAGAAUGGGCAGUGAAACCAUUUGAACAUAAGGAUUGUUGGAAAAUUAACACCAACUGCGUGAGUCCGUACAGAUUCAUUUCAUCGCGGAAAAAUCCAGAUGGCAACAUUACAGCGUACUCGACAAGUAAUUGCAAAUUCAAAAGUGUAUUGGUCACCCCAGCUAGAGCUUCACCAUUACCAGCCUUGUGCUGGGCCAAUGGAGAUGAUGUAUGGAAUGUUCUUCUGAAAAAGGAACAGAUGUAUCUGAGAGACAAAGAUUUUUUCCAAAAACACCCACUCUUGCAACCAAAGAUGAGGACAAUUCUUUUGGACUGGCUAAUGGAGGUUUGUGAUGUCUACAAGCUACAAAGAGAGACGUUUUAUUUAGCACAAGACUACUUCGAUAGGUUUAUGGCAACACAGAACAACGUUGUGAAGACCCGAUUACAGCUUAUUGGAAUCUCAACUUUAUUUAUUGCUGCAAAGCUGGAGGAAAUCUACCCACCCAAGUUGCACCAGUUUGCAUCUGUAACUGACGGGGCUUGCACCGAAGAAGAAAUUCUUGACAUGGAACUUGUUAUUUUGAAGGCUCUCAAAUGGAGUUUGUGUCCUGUCACAGUUGUGUCUUGGCUUAACAUCUACAUGCAAGUUGCUUAUUUGAAGGAAAUGUAUGAAGUAUUGGUACCACAGUACCCCCAGGAAAUAUUUAUUAAAGUAAUGGAGCUGUUGGAUCUCUGUGUCUUAGACCUCAAGUGUUUGAAGUUCCUUUAUGGAGUUGUGGCAGCUUCAGCUUUGUAUUUCUUUUCUUCCUGUGACUUGGUUCACAAAGUAUCAGGUUUUGAAUGGAGUGAAAUAGAAGGAUGUGUAAAAUGGAUGAUUCCUUUUGCCAUGACCUUAAGGGAAGCAGGAAGCAUAAAACAGAGGAAUUGGAAAGGCAUCUACCCUGAGGAUAUGCACAAUAUACAGCCGCACUACAACUAUUUGAUAUUAUUGGACAAAGCUCAUUCGAAGCAGGUGCUGCUACUGGAGCAAAGUUCACCUGCAUUGCCAGGUCUUUUAACCCCACCACAAAGCGGCAAGAAGCAGAACUACGGGUGUGGCUCCUUGUGAAACCGAAUUCAACAAUGACAUGGAGUGGGUGAAUGUUUCAUGCUUAGGAAUCCAAAUGCGAAUAUGCUGUAAUGCAAGACCAGGUGGGACUUGAUUUGUGUGAUAUUGAAAGCUGAACGCGGCCAGGAAUUGGACUUGCAUUCUUCCAGUGGCUGUGUCACGUAAUUCUGGAUGUUAAAGAUAAAUUAUUUGUUUUUAAUAUUGACCUUGUCGCCAAAAACUCCAACCAAAUAAGGAGUACUUUUGAGUAAUCCUUUAAGCUGCUAUGGAGGGUGGCUCUGAUAAAUGAUCAGUAAGGUUAUAAUAUUGAUUUAUAAAAUUGUUUAUGAACUUUAAGCUGCUAUGUUUAUUUCAAAUAAAGGUACAUCUACACUCUU